UAAAGCCCAUCAUAAGUCAGCUCUUAUAUCGCUUGUUCUGAUUUGCAUAAUUUGUCUUGGAGCAAGCAGAAAACUUCUUUUUCUUUCUCCCACUUGGCAUGAAAUAUGUGAUUUCGUUAACAAGGAAACGAAUUGACAUUAUUAUUAUUAUUAUUAUUAUAUAUGCGUAUUCGGAAGCGCAAACCUCUUAUGAUUUUCUUGAAUCAAUAGUGUAAAGACGUUAAACCAGGCAAGGGCAGAUUGCACCCAGAAAAAUUUCAAUGUUGAAACGAAGUGAGCCCAGCGCUUGUAGCUACAAAUGGUUUUACUCGCAUGAUGGGGCUGAACUCUUUACAUCCAUAGAAUCUGUCUUGCUUGCUCAAGGCACCUGUUGGACUCGUUCCCUCUUCAUCUAUCUGGUUUUUUUUUUUUUUUUCUUAGUAAACGUAUUACGUUGAGGGUUUGAAUUGGUAACUUAUAACAGGAUAACGAGUUUUAUAAUUUAACCUAUUAUAGUGUGCAAGUGGAGACCGUUUGUUAACUAAACUAAUUUAAAAUUGAAGAUCUAAUGUCAUCUUGUGGAGUGAUUACAUGGUGAAGGGCACAUGGCCACCACCAUUAUUCUGACCAAACCCCAGAACUUCUACUUAUUUUAGUCCAGUCAAUCCAAUGAAUUAACUAGCAUAUGAUGAAGAUGAGUUUUUAAUAUUUUGCUUAUAUUUCUUCCAUAUGCAAGACUAAACCUAUUUACUUUGUGGUUGUUUUGCUUAAAAUUGGACAGCCUAAACCCACUCUUAAGUCCUUCAAUUCCACAUUCCUUCUGUUGAUAGUUAGCACUCAGACAUCCUCAACACUAUUUUCAGAAACUUAUGCAUGCCUGCUCUCUUUAAGUCCUAAGCAUGGAUCCUCUUGAAACCAAAGAGCUUGUUGAGAAGAAAGGUCUCAAUGAUCCCUCCUUACAGUCUUUACCCAUCUCACAACAAAAUGGACAUCACCCAUUGGAUCAAACAGCAACAAAAAGCAAUAGUCCUUUGUCGAUCUUCCUGGAGCCAUUUCAAUGGCUACAAAUGCUCUCUUCCCAGCUAAACCCAACCUUCAUUUUUGGAGUAGUUCUCGUUUACGGCCUAAGCCAAGGCUUCUCUGGAUCUUUCUUCAAAGUGGUCACUGAUUAUUAUUGGAAAGACAUCCAAAAAGUCCAGCCAUCCGUGGUGCAACUUUAUAUAGGCUUAUACUAUAUCCCAUGGAUCAUGAAACCAAUUUGGGGUCUCUUCACUGAUGUUUUUCCUAUUGCGGGCUACAAAAGAAGGCCGUAUUUUGCGGUGGCUGGGAUUCUUGGAUGUGUCUCGGCAUUGACGGUUGCUCUCCUAGGGAAGUUGCCGGCUGCAGUGGCGUUGAGUUGCUUGAUAGGUGUGACUGCCGGGGUUGCUAUAGCAGAUGUGACCAUUGAUGCUUGUAUUGCUAGAAAUAGCAUUGAAAUGAGGUCCUUGGCUCCAGAUAUGCAAAGCCUUUGUGGGUUUUGUUCCUCUGUUGGUGCUUUGGUCGGGUACUUGUCCAGUGGCUUUUUCGUUCAUCAUCUUGGACCUCAGAAAGCGUUGGUUCUCUUGGCAAUCCCACCGGCGUUGUUGAUAUUGCUGGGCUUUGUAAUUUAUGAAGUGAGAUCUACCAGCGUCCGAUCUGAGAAGAAGAAGGCAGUGGAAGAUUUAGGAGUAGCAGUGAAGGGCAUGUACAAAACAAUGAAGUUCACUCAAGUUUGGAAGCCAUCUCUGUACAUGUAUCUAUCUUUAGCUCUCAGUAUCAGCACCCAUGAAGGCCAGUUCUACUGGUACACAGAUCCUAAAGCUGGUCCUGCAUUCUCACAGGAGUUUGUUGGGAUAAUCUAUGCAAUUGGUGCCAUGGCUUCCAUAGUAGGAGUUGUAAUAUAUCAGAAGGCUCUGAAAAACUACCCAUUUAGAAACCUACUCUUUUUUGCCCAACUUCUAUAUGGGCUAUCAGGAAUGCUGGAUAUCAUCUUCAUCCUGAGAUGGAAUUUAGUCCUUGGAAUUCCAGAUUCAUUCUUUGUUAUUUCUGAAGAAUGUGUGUCUCGAAUCGUAAGCAGAAUAAGGUGGAUGCCAAUGAUCGUAUUAAGCACUCGGCUAUGCCCUCUAGGCAUUGAAGGGACUUUUUUUGCACUGCUGAUGUGCAUUGAUAGCCUUGGAACCUUGUCUUCCAAAUGGGGUGGAGGAAUUAUUCUUCAUUUGUUGCAUGUUACAAGGACUGAUUUCAGAAACUUGUGGUUGGUCAUCCUUAUAAGAAAUGUUUUGAGGCUUGGAACUCUAUGUUUGAUUUUUCUUAUCCCUAAGGCUGAUCAAACGGAUGAUUUGAUUCCAGCUGAUAUUUUGGCUGCAACUACUUCAGAUGAUGAUGAUGGCUUACAGCUUGUCCCUGUGAAUGAGAGGAAUGAUAAUGAACAAAUAUAGUUGAUUAUUA